AUGAACCGGCUGCCCACAGGAGAGGACCUGAGGCGCUUGAAGUACAUGGAUAUGGUCGUGCGGGAGACAUUGCGCUUGUGUGCUCCAGUGCAGGUCGCACAGCGCGGCCUGACCCAGCCAGUGCAGUGUGGGGAAUAUACUCUCCUUCCUGGUGGCCACAGCGGAAGAGGCAACUCCUGGAUUGCCAUACACAUCAUGGGCAUUUCCCUGAGCAAGAAGUAUUGGGGAGAAAACCACAAGGAGUUCAUUCCAGAGCGAUUUGAACCCGAGAAGUUGGCCAAAUUCCAUCCCUUCCAGUUCAUUCCGUUUGGUGGCGGAAGGCGUUUGUGCAUAGGCAACCUCUUCGCGAUCACGCAAGCAAAAACACUCCUGAGCAUUAUGCUUCGGAAGUUUUACGUGCGGAUUGAGCCGGACAAGCCUGUGAAGAUUGACCCCAAGGACAUUGCCACGCCUCUGCCUGCCAGCAAGGGCGGCGGCGUCUGGCUGAACUUCACUAGCCGUGAUUAUGAUGAGCCGGCUGCAGCCGAGUUCGACACAGCUCCUGGCGCCCUAUAUGAGUCCUUCCUGAACGAGGCGACUGCGCAGUCCUUCGCCGGGCAGUCCUUUGCCAAAAGCCUGAGGCCAAGCGCUGUUGGCAGCUUCUUCGCAGGCCCCCGGCCGCCACUCCUCGUUCUGUGGGGUGGCGAGUUCGGUACAACCCUCAGCGCGGCGCAGGACUUCGUGUCGGCGGCCGAGCAGCGCAACUUUCCUGUCGAGCUGAAGGCUCUGGAUGAGGUGAAACCCGCUGCUCUGCUGGCUGGAGAUGUCAAGUCCGAGUCUGGGGUAGUGCCGGUGGUGCUGAUCUUGGUAGCCACGUACAAUGGCCAUCCGCCACCGAACGCGGCCAGCUUCCUGAAGGAGUUGGCUGAGGUCCCAGCAGCCGAGGAGGGAUCAAGCAGCCUUAGCUUUGCGGUGCUCGGUGUUGGAAACUCAAACUGGGUGUCUACGUUUGUGAAGGCCGCGAAGGACGUGGAGAAGGGUCUGAUCCGUGCCGGUGCUAAUAGGAUGCUGCCAUUGGAGGCUGCCGACAAGAACGAUGCCUUUGAGAGGCAGCUUCGAACGUGGCGAAAGGUGAUCUUCACACAGUUUGCAAGCUCGCCUGCAGAGCUUGUCAGGGAAGCAGAAGGAGAGUCCUAUGCGGAGGCCAUGGCUGAGCAGCUCAAAUUGGAAACAUCCGGUGGGUCUCCGGCCACCACGAUGCAAGCGAAUUUCACGGAAAAGAUGGGAUACCAGACCUGCACUGUCAGCAUCAAUGAGGAGCUCUGCAUGCAGAGCGAUGCUAGCAGCCCCUCGGUCCGGCAGAUAGUCAUCGACCGACCUGGCGGCUGUUCCUACGCCUGCGGUGAUCACUUGGAAGUCCGGCCGAGGAGAGCGGAAGUGUAG